AUGUUGUCCCCCCGCCCCCCUCCGUUGACUUGCUGGAACAUCGACCGCCACCUCGACCAUCUCCAGCGGAAGCCUGACCACGGUCACCACCUCCUCCACUCCGCCUACCGUCACGGCGCCCCAACCCGUCAUCUUCCUCGUUGUUCGCCGGAUCGGCGGCAUCAAGCGAUACACCGUCCAGAAGCGAGCCCUCGGUGGCCUCCUGAAGCCCAACAACGCCGGAAUCAACCGCGACAGCUGCGCCGCCGCCACUGUCUUCAGCCUGAUGCUGGACGAGCUCCUCGCCCAGCAGUGCGUCAACGGAGUGCUAGUCGGUGGCACGCUUCCCACGGGCUCGAGCACCUCCUCGUCCUCGUCCACCUUGACCUCGACCUCAUCCACGAGCACCUCCCACACCGCCAUCACCACCACGACGUCGACCAUCACGACAUCCACCAGCACCGUUUAAGCGGAUUCGACGAUCCUGUUCGCACCCGGACUGUGGACAACUUUCGCUUGACAAAGUCGUGGACAGUUCUGCCUCGCCGCCGCCGCCGCAGCAGACAGUGUUCUCUAUGA